UUUAUACCAAAAAAAAAAAGAAAAACACGAACAAAAACAAAAUUUGUUAACUUUUGCUUAAGCCGCAUAUUUAAUUUUUUUUUGCUAAGAAAUGGAAUAAGUAAAAUAGGUGAAACGAGGCUCAAUUAGGGGCCACAAUGUGUCUAUGACGACAGCGAAUUCCAUACGCAAUUUGCUCCGUUUCCACAUGACAGAGAUAAAAAUUGUUGUGUCUUUAGACAGAGCGUCAUGGGCUGCAUAACGAGCACCAAUAAACUGCACGAGCUGAGGCAGGAUAAUGUGUUUCGGGUGCGUGUCGCCCAUUUGCAGCCCAGCGGACCGGAGGCUCCAAUAAUACGCAGCGGUUUCCUGGAACUGACGCCACGUGAACUGAUCUUUCUGACGCCCGGCUACGAUCCGAUUGUGUGGGCACUGCAGCACCUGCGACGCUAUGGCCUCAAUGGCGAUCUGUUUUCCUUUGAGGCGGGCAGACGCUGCAUGUCGGGUCCGGGUAUCUAUACGUUUCGCAUUCACAAUGCCGAGCAACUGUAUCCCAUGUUUCAACGCUACAUAAAUGCCGUCAACACCGAUGCCUUUGCACAGGUGGAACGCGAAAGGGAACGGGAACGUGAGCUGGUUAAUUCCACGCACUCCGUAUCUGUAUUAUUUGGUCGAAGUGAUGUCCAACCGCAUAGUAACAAUUAUCUAGAGCCGGCGCCUUUGCUGGCACGUGCCGCGUUGCAGGUGCAACAGCAGUCAAGCGAUACGUUAAGCGCUGCUGAUUCCCCAGAUAUGCUGCCCAAUCUGCAACUGAUUAUGGGUGAGAUGGGCACUGGUAGCGGAAGCGGCAACCUACAGUCACCGAUUACUCCAGGCGCCUAUAUCAACACCAAUACGAAUGUCUACUUUGAUCAGCCGCUGCAUCGCCUGUUGCUGGAGCAGAGCAGUCGCAGUUCACCAUCGGAGGCGACACCUACCUCCACAAAUAGCGGCUUCAGCACCAUGCGACGACAACAUCAGACAACGGCGGAUUUGCCACCUCAAGAGUCAGCUCCGGUUUUGACUGAAUCGCUGCGUUUGUAUGCCAAUGUGGAGACGCCUCCUCGUCUGCCCUUUGAUGGGGCUCCUGGUUCGGCGGGUUCCAGUGAACGUUGCUAUGAGAACAUCAGUCGCUUGGAUCUGCCACUCUUGCCACGCGACUCAUCGCAACAAUCUGUGGCUACCAACACGCAGCAACAACAACAACAACAGCAGCAGCAACAACAACAACAACAACCGGUCACACCCACCAGUUUACCAGGUGUCAACUACAUUGUCUUGGACCUGGAUCAGCCACGCAGUCCGGUCCAGAGUUCUCCCAAAACGGUGAGCAAUGGAUUUGGCAGCGGACUCUCACUGACCACAACAGCGCCUGUGACGCCAGACGGAGGCACUGCAGCAUCGGAUGUGACGUCUGCAUCACAGAAUCGCACAUCAACUCCGCUGUCAUCCGCCGGAGCGGCAACCACAACAACGGCCGAGACUGUGACCACUCAAGGUUACUCCACCAUCGACUUUAUUCGCACCUACGCCUUGAACAAAUCCUCAACGGCACCGAAUCACGAUGGUGACUUGCCUGUCAUCUGUCAGCAUCAUCAGGAUCAUGCGAACGAGGACUGCGACCUGCGUAUUACGAGGCACAGCAAAUGUGUGCGGAAAGCCUACUCGAUUAGCGAGUAGAUAAUGCGAGUAACGAGUGACGAGUAAUGGAAGGGAAAGAGAGUGACGAGUAAUGGAACGAGUAGCGAGUGACGAGUGAGUAAUAAAAGGAGUAGAAACUAGAAAGUGACGAGUAGUGGAACGAGUAACGAGUGAGUAAUAGAUAAUUCAGCUGCAUAUUACGAGGAAUUGUGUACAGAAGGUCUAGUCAGUCAGCGAGUAAAAAUUGCGAAUAAUACUACAAUUGGCGAGUGGGUAUAGGAUCGAGUGAUAAGAAAACGGAUUCGUAAGUACUGCUUAGUCAGCGAGUAAGUAGAAAGUAACAAAAGUGACGAGUUGGAAAGGAACGAGUAAUAAGUAGAAAGUUAAAAGCAUGGCAAGUGCGUACGAGAGGCUGCUCAAUCAACGUGUGGAUAAUGCGUGCAAUACAAUAAACGAGUAAGUAUGGAGGGACGAGUAAAAAUACCGAUGCAUAUUACGAAGAGUAGCAAUUGCUGGCGAAAGGAGAAUGUUUUGAGUAAUACAAGUGGCGAGUAAAAAAGUGUAAAAGCAUCGGAAGGCAUACUCAAUCAGCGAUAACGCUAUUAAUGAAAGUGGCGAAUUAGCAAAUGAACGAGUAACGAAUAGAACGCUAGCAACAUAGCCAAAGAGUGCGACAUGGCGAGUAAAAAUUGCAAGUAAAGCAAGUGGCGAGUGAAUAAAGGAACGAGUGACGAGUGACGAGUAGAAAAGCUAGCACAACGAAUUUACCAAAAAGACGGGUCCUAGCUGCAGCCCGUUAUAUAUUUUAUUAUUCAUAAAUAAAUGUACAUUGGGUGAGUUCCGACAAAUAGUUGUUAUUUGUCAUGAGUAAAAUCACACACACUCACACACACCCAAACACACACAAAUUGUAACCAGGUUGUUUCAAUGUAUGUACUUAUUGUUCAUUAUGUGCACAUACAUUACAUACAUAUUAUAUAUAAGUAUUUUUUACAUACACACGGGGCUGUUUAGUGCUAGUCGUUUUAAUAUUUUGUUGAAAUUAAUUAUUAUUAAUGAAAAUACAACAUGAAAGGCUUUUAAAUUGUAUAAAAUAUAGAAUAUACUCGUUAGUAGUUAAGGCCGCACAUAUAUGAAAGUGUAUGUAAUUAAAUAUGUACACACGUACAUAUAUAUUAUGAGCAUAUUUUUUUCUUGUUGAUGCCAAAUGCAAAAGCCAAGGCCCCAAGUUGACCAAGGCUUUUUUAAUUUAAUUUGUUAGCAGCUUUAAAUUGUACACCUAAUUUUGAUACAUAUUGCUUUAUUGUUAUCCAAAAUUGUUAGGAAUUCAAAAAUAUUAGUAUAUCAGAAUUAUACUCGUAUUGAAUAUUAAAUAUAGAUUUUGCAGCCAGCAUAUUAUGUAAUUGCUUAUGUCAAUGGAUUGCCAAAAAA